AUGUAUACGUUGAAAUACGCAGGAAGGCUGGCAGCUCAGCUGCGCCAAGCUAUAAUCAAGUUCAACAUCUUGCCAGCCGUCAAUCUGCUGGCAGGACCGGUCAUUGUAGCGUGUGGAGAACUUAAGUUUCGGGAUGCCGCUUGGGGAGCCAGCCACGACCCUCCACGUCCGCUGUUCAGCAGAAGCGUCGAUGCUUUCCGGGAUAACAGAUACGGAGGGGUGUUUCUAGUAGAUGAUGCGACUCCCCAAAUGAGGAAGCGCUGGGCCAAGGCCGCCGAAAAAAAUCUCGAAAAGAGGCGAGCCUCCAUUUGGGCCCGAAACAUAUUACUGCGACGUUAUCUGACUAACGAGUACUGUAGAACCGGGCUUUGUAGAGCCGAUUUGCGAGCAUCGUUCGACACUUCCGAUGGAAUGUACACAAGCGGACGGAGGAUGCAAGCGCCUUCGUCUCCUUACAAGGACACUCCGAGAGACUUUGCUGCUAACGGACCGAGAGACACCGGUGUGGUGGCUUCGAUAGCUCAUAACUUUGGAAAAGACAUAUGUGUCAUCACCUUGUUGUCGCCGCUGCCCAUGAAGAUUUUACCCGGCGCGGGAAUCGACCCGCACUCAAAUGAGAAGAAAUCGUGA